UCUGAAUUAAACCGAAGGCAAUAUUGAGAAAUUGAAACAGGAUUCACUUCUUCAUUUUCAAAACUACAAGUAGUUCUAGUUCACCUGAAGCCCACUUCUAUCACAGAAAUUGAGGUUUGAGCUGCACCCUUUUAUAACUUCCUACCUCGCGACAAAAAAUAAGGGCGACGUGUGUGAUCUUCGAACAGCUAAAUAAAUUUUGUUGCGCCGUUUUAUUUGUCCCCCUCGGACAGCUGUAUUAAACUACAAGCUAGCACAAGUAGAAAAUAAAUGAUGGUGGGACAACUACUUGCAACGCGAGGAGAUGAAAAGUCUGCUGCGCCCCCUCUCGGUUGUACUGGCAGCUCUGCUAGCGGUUUCCAUGUUCAUGCGGUGAAGAAGAUGUGUUUCGCUUCGACGUGUCCUUGGGGGACAGCGGAUUGCCUUGCCCGGUGUGAGGAGGGGAGGAGCUCGUUGUACAACAACUUCUACAUAGGGAGAUGAAAAACUACAACGGACCGACUGGAAAAUUCACGAAAUCCAGAUCAAUACAAGUUUUCUUUUGCACUCAAACUUCGACGAUACCCUGACCUUGAUAAAAUUUCUUGAUACCAAAAAAUAAAGAAUACAGCUCACCAAACCCAAUUGGCAAAUGCAUGCUUCAUGCUUCUUUGAGUUUAGAAGUUGACAACUCAUUUUCUACUUCGGAGCAACAUGGACCGUUUCCGUUUCCGCAAGCAUACGAGCAAACUUGUACAAUUUGAACACAGCCCCUGGGUUUUUUUACGAAUGAAAAUAAUCCAAGAUUCAAAGCCACUUGAUAGAUUGUAGACGAACACGAGAAACAUGAUUAUUAGCACCGCUGGGGGUUGCAAUGUACCUGUAGAAUUUCAUUUAUGUGAAGCCAGGAAAAGGAAUAGAAGAAUCAUCUGAUGUAGCGAUUAGGAGAGCUCUGG